AUUGUUUUCCAAAAAUAAUCCAGACGGUAUGCUGUCGGCUUUGAUGCCGCAUGGCCGUCUUUACAAAUAGAAGAAAUAAAAUGACGCAAACACUUAUCAUACUGUUAAUAUUGUACUGUAACAACGCAAAUGCUGCUGUUAGUACAAAAUACCCUAUUGGCGGUCUGUUUAAUAAACAAACUAUGCCGACUACUGCGCAGGCCUUUGAAAAUACGGUGCGAAUGGGCACGACGAGGGCAUACCAUGGACGAGUUAUUUACUUACCAGUUGUCGAUAGCUAUUCUACUGCUUUAGAAUUAUGCCCACAGACAUCAGACAACAAAGGUAUUGUGGCACUUGUUGAUGCUCGACCAACGAACGGAGAGUGUGAUAUUACCUGUCUGUUCUGCAAUCGACUAAAUAUUUCACAUCUGUCUCUCGGUUGGGAACCACCAGAUAAUGUUAACGACAAUUUAUACACAUUUAUGUACCAUCCGCCGCCAGAGCUAAUUUCAAAAGCAUUCGCAACUCUUAUUAAGAAGUUGCAGUGGGACAAAUUCACAAUUUUCUAUGAAGAUGAUGGAAGCUUUGUACGCUUACAAGAAAUCAUAAAUUCAUGGCCAUACAACAAUGAUCAAAUAUUGUAUCGGAAACUGGAUCCAAAAGGUGAUAACAGAGAAAUAUUUAAAUACAUAUUCAAAGUGGCGCACAUAAGCUACCACGUUUUUGAUUGUGAAGUGGAAAAUACUCUAAAAUAUAUGGAUGAAAUUAUUCAAGUGGAAAACUCCACGCAAUAUCAAAGUUUCAUAUUAACAAAUCUGGAUGCGUAUACAAUUAAUUUAGAAGAGGUGCCAGCUUUAAUGGCAAAUGUCUCGACGAUGCAUUUGACAAAACCAAACGAUGUGAGAUGGAAAGAUAUGGAUAUGAAUACAGCAAAUGUUUCUAUACGGUUAGAGACCGCUUUAGUAGCAGACGCACUCAGUCAUUUAGACAAGGCUAUUCGUAAAAUGCAGCAAGACAACGACGACAGAUAUAUGGGGAGACAGUACGGUCGCAAUAUUGAUAACCCACCUCCAUUGUGUUUUGCGAAUAGUAAGGCGGAAUAUGAAGCUAUUGCGUGGCCGAGUGGAAAUACUUUACGUGAAGCAUUGAUAAAGACAACGGCGAAGGGAUUUACAGGGAACAUUGAAUUCGACGAGAACGGAAAAAGAACCAACUUCGCUCUACAUUAUUCCAAAUUAAGUAACGAAAGUCAGUUCAUUUACGUCGGCUACUGGGACUCUAGAACGGACGUAAUUACCGAUGAAAAAGACGUAACCGACCGUUCAGCUGCAGUUACUUCGAGAUCCGUUAUUAGGGUAGUUUCAAGAAAAGGUAAGCCUUACUUUGACAUAGACGAAUCAAAUGGUACAACCCAGUAUCGCGGUUAUGCUGUAGAUUUGGUUGAAGAGAUAUUCAAAUAUAUAAGUAAAGUUAAUAAAGAAGAUUAUAAAUACGAGUUUUAUCGAGUCAGUGGAGACCACUACGGAAACCAGAUCGCCGGCACGAAGAAAUGGAAUGGAAUCCUAGGAGACCUGAUCGAUCACAAUGCAGAGUUGGCGGUAUGUGAUUUAACGAUAACAUCAGAACGUAAUGCCGUAGUUGAUUUCUCGACUCCGUUCAUGUCGUUAGGGAUAAGUAUGCUGUUCAAGGAGCCCGAGCCCGAAGAGCCGGACAAGUUCUCAUUUCUCAAGCCAUUAUCUUUGGAUGUGUGGCUAUAUCUUGGUACUACGUAUAUUAUAGUAUCCGUCGUGCUACUUAUAUGCGCUCGCAUGAGUCAAGGAGAUUGGGUUAAUCCGCACCCUUGUAAUCGGAAUCCCGAAAACUUGCAGAAUAUUUGGAGUCUGUACAACUGUAUGUGGCUGACAAUGGGUUCCAUCAUGACACAGGGUUGUGACAUUCUGCCCAGAGCGGCAGGUUCUCGCUGGGUAACUGGGAUGUGGUGGUUUUUUGCCCUGAUCGUGACUGCCUCGUACACCGCCAAUAUGUCUACUUUUAUGAGGAGCAGUCGACGAAGUACCGAAAUCACAGAUAUAAAAGAUCUUGCAGAACAAAAUAAAAUUUCUUACGGUGCCGUUCUUAAUGCUUCUACGUACAAGUUCUUUGAAACAUCCAACGAUACAGUAUACGCUAAAAUUUGGUCCACAAUGAAAGCUUCGAGACCUACAGUUUUCACUCAUUCUAACGAGGAGGGUCGGGAAAGAGUACUGCGUAGUAAAGGGACGUAUGCGUUCUUUAUGGAGUCAACUGCCAUUGAGUAUUAUAUGCAGCGGUAUUGCGAUUUGAAGAUGGUUGGCAACAAGCUUGACUCGAAGGACUAUGGCAUCGCUAUGCCAAAAAACUCACCAUUUAAGAGUUCAAUAGACAGUGCAAUAUUGGCGUUACAAGAGUCUGGUACGUUAUUGGCAUUAAAAAAGAAAUGGUGGGAAGAGGAGGAUGUCAUCGAGGAUUGUAAGGCUAAUGCCACGGUGGAAGAUGAUAGUGGGUCGCUUCAGAUGAAGAACACCAGUGGAAUAUUCAUGGUGCUUGGUGUAGGAGGUGCCAUUGGGGUGGUGAUCGCAAUAAUAGAAUUCCUAUUCCACGCACAGAAAAUAAGAGUUAAAGAACGGAUUACAUACAAGGAAGCUCUUAUAAGUGAAUGGCGCGUGUCGUUCAACCCUAGACAGCUCCACAAGCCGGCGGCUCCCCCCCGCUCUGCCGCCCCCUCUACGAACACACCCUCACCUCUACGAGACCGGUCUAGAUCGCGCGCGGUGUCUGUUCUCAGGGCUGCCUCUUCUUUUAUUAAUUUUGAUGAAAUAUAUUAAUUUAUGUUUGAAA